AUGCAUGCCACAGUCGACGGCCCAACUCCUUCUGCGACUGACAUCGCGCCGUCUGCCAGCGUGUCCGUUACGUCCGCCUCACCUCCUCCGCCCCCCGCGGUCUCCGGCUCACCAAAUGACCCCGGUCCCUCCCCUCUCCGCCGCUUGAAGUCCAAGUCUUCUCUCUGGAGUCUCGGCAGCAGCAACCAUAGCGGUCACGAAGACGACAUCCCAGCCGAGCCCUCUAGCGCCGAGAAGGCUGCAGGUGGUAAGCCGGGCAUCUUCCGUCGCCUAUCGCCCGCGCUCGCGGCCCGCGUGAAGCUACUCGACGGCACCAACAAGGUGACGAGCGCGCCCCGGGAUCCUAAAAACGUCGGUCGGAUUCCCGAAGAACAGCUCAAGGAGCUGGACAGCCAGCACCAGGACCUGUCGAUCAAGGUUGAGAAGCGAGGACAGGCGUGGUCCGGUCCAACGGCUCCUUCCCCGGAUCAACAUCCACAGUACUUUAAGCGGAGCGCGUCGAACAGGCUCGAGAUCCCCAGUCACGAUCUUCUACAGCGCGCGACCGAGGCAUACGCGGAAGGGCCAGAUUACGCCGACGCGGUCGUCGACGGCCCGGAACCCCCCUCUCCGCCGACAACACCAUCCAUGUCUGUUGCAGAGGCUGCGCCCGCGCCGCUGCGCGUAGAGCCCGCGUCCUUGCCCGAACCAUCACUACCCACCGACACAGCCCAAGAUACGCGGACGGAUUUUGAGAAAUAUGUCGAUGACACGAAACGCAGCGAGGAGCAGUCAGCGGAAUCCGCCCCUGCGCCCCCGCCAAAGGACUCUCCACCUAACUACGCGGUCGCCUCAUCUUCUAACUCACAGUCGUACUUCAACCCCAUGGGCUUGCAACGUGCCGAAUCAAUAUACUCCUUCUCCCGUGCCUCGUUCAGCAACCAGCUGUCCCAGCUCACGUCUAUUCCUUUACCGCAGCCCGGAGCGCUCGAGACUAGUAUAAGAAAUAUUUCCACGGCGUUCGCGGCGGUGCGCGCGUUGAACGGCGCGGCGGAGCAAAUCCAGAUUUGGAUUAGAAAGGCGUCGGAUGUGCUCAGUGGGCUGGACUCCGAGGAUGACGUGGAGUGGGCGGCUGCCGGUGGGCGAGAGGGUCUUGAUGGGGUGGAUAAAGCCAUCACUCGCUUCGAGUCGCUGGUGAAUGUCUACGUGAAGGCCAUCGAGAACGUGCAACUUCGGGACGAUAUCGCUAAUGUCGACUCGGAGAGCUUGAAGACGAUUGUCAGUCAGAUGGAAAGCAUUCUGCACAACUGGGCUCAGAUUAAGAACAAGUUGCGCGGUGUGAAGGAGCAAGUGGAGUUGGCCAUGGAGUGGGAGGAGCUUUGGUCUAACGUGUUGGGUGACGUGGGCAUGGAGAUUGACAACCUGAGCGGGAUGAUUUUUGAGAUGGAGGAGAAGCGACACCAUACUUUGAUGGAUACCGGCGAUUCAACGGGUGGUCUGGAUAUAAACGAACUCGAGACUAUCGUGGAGGAAUCUCCGACCAAGGGCCGGUCCCCUGCUACUAAUCGUCUGAGUAUGCUCGCAGCAGCAUCUGGGACGCCCGUUAUCAAGACGCCGCAGGAUGACUCCAGCUAUUCUAACCUGAUGGCCCUGUUUGCGCGCAUGCAACCACUCCGGGCAUCUUUGGAUUUCUUGCCCAUGAGACUCUCUAUGUUCCAAUCGCGGGCCGAGGGCGUCUUCCCAAGUGCUUGUGAGGAGCUCGAUGACCGACGAAGCCGGCUGGAGAAGAGCUAUAAGGUCCUUGAGACGGAUGCGGAAGCUUUGCGAAAGGAACUGGGUGAGGACAAGUGGAUUAUAGUGUUCCGCAACGCGGGCAGUCAGGCACAGAAGAUGUUCGAGUCGGUCGAGCGGAGCAUUUCCAAGUUGCAGGAAGGAUUGGAGACCAACGCGCAGGUUCACAAUCCGGGCAAUAUGACCAAGCGGAUUGAGAAUUACGAGGCCAAGAAGAUGCACUAUGUUCCUGCUAUCGAGCGGGUCAUUUCUAUUAUCCAGAAGGGUGUCAAUGAUCGUUUGACUGUGAACGGCGAGGUGCUACGCCUUUUGUCCGACAUGACCUCGCGGACGGAUGCCCUCAAAGCUAGUCUUCGGGUGAUGGAUUCUUCUCUUGAGGAUGUGCAAAUUGUCAAGGGUCAACAAUUGCGUGACUCGAUCUCAAGUAUCAUUACGAUGGACAGCCCAGCUACGGGUAGUGCUAUUGACACCCCCGGGAGCUCGCCUGCUUCGUCGGUUGUUAUGAGCGGCAGUGGAUACAAGACGCCCAUGGGAAGCUCCAGUCGUCGCGAAAGCUCGGUCGGCAGUGCCACGACGCGCUCAACCAUGUCAAAGGUCCGUCGAUUGUCUGGUCUGCCGCAAGUGACUGCCACUAUGACCGGACGCAAGUCUUCUCUCCCCAAGCCAACGGCCCCCGUUACACCCACGCCAGCGACCCGCAAGACCUCUCACAUCCCACAACCAUCUACCAUUCCGAAUCGCCCUCGUUGGAACGCCAGUACCAACCUGAAUGAUCUACAUUCGAGCUCUGGAUAUCUGAGUACCACAACGCCGGGCACCACAAGGAAGAGCUCUGCCCCGGUGUACGGCCGUCCGUCGUCGACGGUCCCUUUCCGGCGAGAUAUGUCUGCAUCUCCUGUACCUGGUGCUGGCCGUUCACUUAGCCGUCUAUCAAACCGACUGGCGUCGUCGUCCCGCAGUCCCAACCGCAACGUGUCAUCCCCCACCCCACCCAGCUCCUCCCUGCUCGAUCCUCCACCUUAUAGUCGUCUCCGCAGACCAUCUGGCCUAUCCGCUACUCCUCGUAGCCGACAGAGCUUCGCUGGAACGGGCUCUUCUUUCAGUCGCAGCGUUUCUUCCCAAGGGCCAGGCUACGAACCACAGGAGAGUCCUACAAAGUCGACGCGUCCGGGUACAGCCCUCGGCCACUCUGGCAGUCGGCGAACUAGUCUCCUACCCUUGCCUAAGCGAUCGAACGGGGGAUCGGCUUCACAGGCGAACCUGGCUGCCCGGCCACCUUGGAGAGCAUAA